AUGCCGUUGGCCAUCGAUGUCGCGGAGGAGCUCGGCGUGCCGGCGCUCGCCUUCCGCACGGCGAGCGCGUGCAGCUUCUUGGCGUACCUCUCCGUGCCCAGGCUCGUGGAGCUCGGCGAGGUUCCCAUCCCUGUAGGCGCCGACCUCGAUGAGCCGGUCCGUAGCGUCCCGGGGAUGGAGGAUUUCCUGCGGCGACGAGAUCUUCCAAACUCCUGCCGCCGUCGGGCCGAGACCGACGACGUCGACCCUUUGCUGCAGAUUCUGGUGGGCUACACCGCUCACAGCCGCAAGGCUCGGGCGCUCAUCUUCAACUCGGCGGCGUCACUGGAGCGGUCGGCGCUCGCGCACAUCGCGCCGCAUAUGCGCGACGUCUUCGCCAUAGGCCCUCUCCACGCCGUCUCGGCGGCGCCGGCGCCGGCCACCAGUUUGUGGCGCGAGGACGACGGAUGCAUGGCGUGGCUGGACGGUCAGGCGGACCGGUCCGUGGUGUACGUGAGCUUGGGCAGCCUGACCGUCAUUUCACUCGAGCAGUUCACCGAGUUCCUGUCCGGGCUUGUCGGCUCCGGCUACGCGUUCCUGUGGGUGCUCCGGCCGGACAUGGUCGGGGCAAGCCAGAGCGCCGUCCUCCAGGAAGCCGUCGGCGCGGCGGGGAACGGCAAGGCGCGCGUCGUGGACUGGGCGCCGCAGCGAGACGUGCUGAGACACCGCGCCGUGGGCUGCUUCCUGACUCACGCCGGGUGGAACUCGACGCUGGAGGGGAUCACCGAGGGCGUGCCGCUGGUGUGCUGGCCGUUCUUCGCGGACCAGCACAUGAACAGCCGGUUCGUCGGCGCCGUAUGGGGGACGGGGCUGGACAUGAAGGAUGUGUGCGAGAGGGCCGUCGUGGAGGGGAUGGUGAGGCAGGCCAUGGAGUCCGGCCAGCUAAGGAUGUCAGCUCAAGCGCUGUCGCAGGAGGUGAGGCGGGAUGUCGCGGAGGGAGGCUCGUCGGCGACGGAGUUCAAACGGCUCGUCAGCUUCAUCAAGGAGUUCGGCAAGAAUUAA